AUGCCAAUCGCAGCCCACGAGGAUGAACCCUAUGUGUUGUCUGUAUCCGAGUCUGCGGUCUUGGUUGCUUUGAAGCAAUUAAACCCGCGUAAAGCAGCCGGACCUGACUGUGUUCCUAAUUGGCUCCUGCGAGAGUAUGCAGAGGUCCUUGUUGAACCCGUUACGGCUAUACUCAACUCCAGCUAUAAAGAGCAAAAGCUGCCCUCGCCGUGGAAGCUAGCUGACGUUGUACCGCUACCCAAACAGAAGCCCGUUGAAGACCUAAGUAAGCAUCUGCGGCCCAUUUCCCUGACCCCCACCAUCUCGAAACUCGCGGAAGAAUUCGUUGUAGCCACUCAACUGCGCCAGCAAGCGUUCAACAAGGGAGAUAAGGACGCCUUUAGCCGCUACCGCAACACCGUCAACCGCAAGCGGAAAUCUCUUCGCGGCAAGUACUUUGCUAGCAAAGUUGACCAUCUCAAGUCCACCAAACCCUCUCAGUGGUGGAACGCUGUCAAACGGGUCGCAGGAAUGGUCCCCUGCUCCAGAUCUGAGACUUUUCUUUCCAGCUUACAUUUGGAUGGCGAUUUGAGCGAACUUGAAAUAGCCAACAAAAUUAACUCAGCCUUUCUUGCUCCAAUGGAAAACUUUCAGCCAUUAAUGUCAAUCGCAGCCCACGAGGAUGAACCCUAUGUGUUGUCUGUAUCCGAGUCUGCGGUCUUGGCUGCUUUGAAGCAAUUAAACCCGCGUAAAGCAGCCGGACCUGACUGUGUUCCUAAUUGGCUCCUGCGAGAGUAUGCAGAGGUUCUUGUUGAACCCGUUACGGCUAUACUCAACUCCAGCUAUAAAGAGCAAAAGCUGCCCUCGCCGUGGAAGCUAGCUGACGUUGUACCGCUACCCAAACAGAAGCCUGUUGAAGACCCAAGUAAACAUCUGCGGCCCAUUUCCCUGACCCCCACCAUCUCGAAACUCGCGGAAGACUUCGUUGUAGCCACUCAUGUUGGUCCCGCAGUUCUCAAGAAGAUCGACUAUGAUCAGUAUGGCGGCAUCCCCGAAUCCUCCACCUCAUUCGCCCUGAUCUCGAUGUUUCACCUCUGGUCACAGGCUACAGAUGGGACAGGGGCAGCCGUCAGGGUCAUGCUAUUUGACUAUCGAAAGGCAUUUGAUCUCAUUGAUCAUACGAUCCUCGUUGCCAAGAUCAAUGGUCUUGACAUGCCACGCAGCAUCACAUACCUGCAAUGA